CAUCCCCGUACAACCUUUACAAGAACUCUCUCUCUCUCUCUCUCUCUCUCUCUCUGUGGAUCAUGACGAUGGAAAUUCGAGUGUCCGGCGAAUUGGAUCGCCGCCACACAAACACCGACGCUACGGUCAUCAAGUUCAAAGGCAAGCGCACGAGGCGGCCACGCCCACCGUCUCCCCUCGCGUUGACCAUGGCUUGCAGCAGCAGCAGCUCCGAUUCCGAAGCAAGAGCCGUCGUCCCCCGCCACUGGCUCGACCGCGAAGGUUCCGAUCCCACCACAGCCACUACUGCCACUAUGACCACCACGACGUCCUGCCAUUCUCCCGAGAGCACCAAAGAAGAAGAGGCAGACAUGGCCAAUUGCUUGAUACUCCUGGCUCGAGGCCGAGGCCCCGUCGCCCCGAGACCUGCCAGUGCUCACAACAACAACGUCAAGGUCGAAGCAUCAUGCGCCUUUUCGUGCAAGACCUGCGGCCGGAGCUUCCCAUCCUUCCAAGCCCUCGGCGGGCACCGAACCAGUCACAAGAAGCCCAAGCUCGACCACGACCACGACAGGAACGGCAAACCCGCCCACAUCACGAUGAAGGGCAACGAUAUCGGUGACGAACGGCGGAGCGUCACUGCAUGCACGGCUCUUUCUCUGCAAAUAACGCCAGGCGCCGCCCCGUCUAGCUUGGGGAACAAGUCAAGUAACAAGGUACACGAGUGCUCGAUAUGCGGGGUCGAGUUCAACUCGGGUCAAGCACUGGGGGGUCACAUGAGGAGGCACAGGGCGGUUAUGCCCGGGCCCGGAGCCAACAACCCGGAAUCCGAGAUCAAGAAGGGAAGACAUGGGCAAGGACUGCAGGGUUUGGAUCUGAACCUCCCGGCGCCGGCCGCCGAGGAAGAACCGGAGGCGGCGGCGGCCGGGUACGCUUUCGCGUCCGAGGAACAAGUUCUUGUCUUCUCCACGUCUCCUCUGGCUUUGGUGGAUUGCCAUUACUAACAAGCAACUUCGUGUUAUUCUUUACUUGUCUCUCUUUUGCUUCUCAAUUUGCCUUUUGGCCCCAAAAAUCUGUCGUGGAAUUGACGUGAUUCAUUUAUUCAUUCUUUUCUAGAAGAAGAAUAGUACAUCUUC